ACGCCAGGUGAUUUAAUGAACGUAGUAGUGCACAUACAUGGAGGUGCGUUCAUUGGUGGCGAAGGCAUUUACUAUGGUCCGCACUAUCUUUUGGACAGCAAGGAUUUCGUUUACGUAUCGAUAAAUUACCGUUUGGGAGUAUUAGGAUUUGCUUCCACCGGCGAUAGUGUUUUGCCUGGAAAUAACGGAUUGAAAGACCAAGUAGCAGCAUUGAAAUGGAUACAACAAAACAUCGCGGCAUUUGGGGGUGACCCCAACAGCGUCACUAUCACCGGCAUGUCAGCUGGAGCAAGUUCUGUUCACUAUCAAUUGAUUUCACCAAUGUCCAAAGGUUUAUUUAACAGAGCAAUUCUUCAAAGUGGAAGUGCUUUUUGUCAUUGGUCGUAUACUGAAAACGUUUCUCAAAAAACAAAGUAUAUUGCAAGCUUGCUGGGAUGUCCAACGAAUAAUUCAGUAGAAAUCGUUGAAUGCCUUCGUUCUAGACCAGCAAAGGAUAUUGCAAAUUCAUUAAUAAACUACAUGCCAUGGAAACUCAGUCCUUUUACACCAUUCGGUCCAACUGUUGAAGUAGCUGGAUACGAGAAGUUUUUACCUGAUAUUCCAGAAAAACUCGUUCCACAUGACAUUCCUGUUCUGAUCAGUACUGCUCAAGCUGAGGGUCUUGUUUUUGCAACAUAUAUUGGCCUAGAAAAUGGCUUUAAUGAACUUAACAAUAAUUGGAAUGAAUAUUUACCACAUCUUCUUGAUUAUAAUUAUACGAUUUCAAACGAAAAUCUGAGAUCCAGAACUGCCCAUGAUAUAAAACAGUUUUACUUUGGUGACAAACCAAUAUCAAAAGAAACCAAAAGCAAUCUUUCAAAAAUGAUUUCAGAUAGAACAUUUGGAUAUGCUGCGAGUAAGGCAGCUCAGCACAUUGCUGCAAAGAAUACGGCACCUGUAUAUUUUUAUGAGUUUGGCUACGGUGGUAAUUACUCUUCCACAGGUUUUUUCGAUCCAAAAUCAUAUUCCCGAGGAUCAAGCCCGACUCAUGGCGAUGAAACCAGCUAUGUAUUAAAAAUGGAUGGUUUCUACGUUUACGACAAUGAAGAAGAUAGAAAGAUGAUCAAAACUAUGGUUAAUAUUUGGGCAACCUUUAUUAAAACUGGAGUACCAGAUACUGAAAAUUCAGAAAUUUGGUUGCCUGUUUCUAAGAAUCCAGCAGAUCUUUUCAGGUUCACUAAGAUUACUCAACAACAAACAUUUGAAGCCAGAGAACAAUCAAACCAUGGCAAUUAUGAAUUUUGGAGUAGCUUACCAUUAACAGAAUUUUUCGAAUUUAAUGUGCCAGAAGACAUAAAAACUGAAUUAUAAAUAUUGAAACAUAAU